AUGACUAUUUUUUUAUUCAGAUCUCUCGUUGCACUAGGAAAAGCUCAGGAUGCACUAGGAGGCUAUGCACCCCAGGCUGCAAACAUGAUCAAAAUGAAAUAUGAUUGCGAUAUAGAGAAGAUCGCAGCGAAACAUGCAGCUAAGUGCGUUUUCGCACAUUCCACAAACGCUGAAAGGGAGAACAAUGGUGAAAACCUUUACAUGAGGAUGCCACCCUCUGAUGAUGUAACGAAAAUGGCCGCAAACGCCGCUGACGCAUGGUUUGCGGAAUUGGCAAAAUACGGCGUAGGACAGGAUAACAAGUUCACUAUGGAUCUGGCUAAUCGUCCAGGAAUGAUGAUCGGACAUUACACUCAGGUAUCCUUAAUACAAAACUGA